GGGGCGUGGCAUUCGCUAUACCCGCUGAUUGGCUGUGGGGAAGGGCUUCCGAGAUUCAGUCUGGAAGAUGGCGGAGUUCCUGGGCAAGCGGCCCCGGCCUCAGGGAGAAGCACGAAAAACCGAGUGGCGGAAACUGAAGAAAGAGAGGAAAGAAGAGAAGAAGAAAUGGAGGGAGCUGAAGAUGAUAAAAAAGUUGGAGAAGCAGCGAGCUCAGGAAGAGGCAGAGAAGCAGAAAGAGGAGGCUGAAGAAACACAACAGCAAGCAAAAGGGCGAACGUACACCCUGAGUGUGGCCCUCCCUGGCUCCAUCCUCAACAACGCGCAGUCUCUGGAGCUUCGGACCUAUCUGGCUGGCCAGAUCGCCCGGGCCUGUGCCAUCUUCUGCGUGGAUGAGAUCGUGGUGUUUGAUGAAGAGGGUGAAGAUGUCAAGAGUGUUGAAGGAGAAUUUGUUGGCAUUGGCAAAAAAGGACAGGCUUCGGUACAACUUGCUCGAAUUCUCCAGUACCUGGAGUGCCCACAGUACCUGAGAAAAGCCUUCUUCCCCAAACACCAGGAUCUGCAAUUUGCAGGACUGCUGAAUCCCCUAGACAGCCCUCACCAUGUGCGGCAGGAGGAGGUUUUGGAGUACAGGGAAGGGAUUGUGUUACACCGGCCUACCCGGCCUGGACGGGGUUCCUUUGUCAACUGUGGCAUGAAAAAGGAGGUGCAGAUAGACAAGAACCUGGAACCUGGUCUGAGAGUCACUGUGCGGCUGGACCAGCAGCAGAUCCCAGAGAGCAAGAGCCUCAAGGGACGAGUUGUAUCAAGCCAGGAGCCCCGUACCCACGCUGGUCUCUACUGGGGCUACAGUGUCCGCCUGGCUUCCUGUCUCAGUGCGGUAUUUGCCGAGGGUCCCUUUAAGGAUGGCUAUGACCUGACCAUUGGAACCUCAGAGCGAGGAGAGGAUCUGGCCUCGGUCCAGCUUCCCAACUUCAACCAUGCUAUUGUGGUGUUUGGGGGUCUCCAGGGGUUGGAGGCCAGUGUUGAGGCCGAUCCCAACCUAGAAGUCACAGAUCCCAGUGUUCUCUUUGACUUCUAUCUCAACACCUGCCCAGGACAAGGCAGCCGCACCAUUCGUACUGAGGAAGCUAUCCUCAUCUCCCUGGCUACCCUUCGACCUCCCAUCAUUGCUGCUGGGGCUCCCCGGCCUGACUGAAGGCGCCUCCAGACGCAGCACUGACUUUCUGGGUGUUAGCCGAUCUGCUGGUGGAGACCUCCAGAAGCGAUUUGCCGUUUGCAAGAUGGAUGAGGAGUGACCCCAAGCUUGGAACUAGUUCUUGGGAACCCAGCCUGACCCAGGGACAAGAGGGAUCAUAGACAAUUGACCAAUAAAGUGGGGUAGUGACCCUUCCUUUUCAUAA